AGGAACCUUAUUUCACAGCCUCUGCAGUGAGGGAUGACACUUUUGGUUGAACUGGCUGGCAACUGCAGGAACAGACAGCAUACAAAUCAAGCGUUUUUUUGCCCCAAUAGCUGUAGGAGGAUGUCAUAGAUAUUAGUACGAAGUGACGUCGUUACUCUGCUCCAGGGGCUGAUGUCACCUGAAAGGCUUCUAUCUCGGAUUUCCUUUCAUUGCGCCUGAGUAUGCAGGAAAGUUGCGGCCGCAGUCAUUUACGAAGGAGCAGAGGAAGGAGGUGUUCAUGUGUGAGUGCAUCCCCGAUCCCUCUAUAACAUGAGGCUGAAACUCAGGAAUAUCUUCCUAGUGUAUUUUGUGGUGUCCACUGCUGGUCUCUUAUAUGCUUUGCUACAACUGGGUCAGCAAUGUGACUGCACGCGUCACAUGAACGCUGCAAAUGAUGUUCGCAGAUGGGAAUAUCCGCACCACCGAAAUGUGGAGAACUUGCCAGUUAUAUAUGUAAUAACCCCAACACACACAAGACCCCAUCAGCGAGCUGAGCUUACCCGGCUGUCCCAGACAUUGCGUCUCAUCCCUGCUCUGCACUGGAUUCUGGUAGAAGAUUCUGCAGAACGCACUGCUGCCGUUGCCGAUCUACUAGCACAGAGUGAUCUGCAGUACACCCACCUGCACGUACAGACCCCAUCGGCAAUGAAGCUUAAAGAAUCCGAUCCAAACUGGUUGAAGCCACGUGGUGUAGAGCAACGAAACGAGGCCUUACACUGGCUGCGCGAGAACCGAUCACCCAGGGACCGCGGAGUUGUGUAUUUUGCGGAUGAUGACAAUACAUACAGUGUUAAAAUCUUUCAGGAGAUGCGCCACACACUAAAAGUGUCCAUCUGGCCAGUUGGAUUGGUAGGAGGAUUGAGGUAUGAGGGGCCACUAGUGGAUGGAGGCAGAGUAGUCGGCUUUCACACAGCCUGGAAGACGCACAGACCAUUCCCCAUAGACAUGGCUGGAUUUGCGGUGUCUCUGUCCUUACUUCUGACUCAUCCCAAGGCAUGCUUUGACCCAGAUGCUGAGAGGGGGUUCCUGGAGAGCAGCUUACUGGGACAGCUGGUGACCGUGAGUGAACUAGAGCCACGAGCGGAUAACUGCACUAAGAUCUGGGUAUGGCAUACAAGGACCGAAAAACCUAAACUCAAGCAAGAAGAUCUGCUGGAGAAACAAGGAAGGGGGUCAAACCCUAAAAUACAGGUGUAAUCCAAUCACAGAUGUUUCACUUUCAUUUAUACGAGUGACCCAUCUUUCAGAGCCAGACUUUAAUGUAUGAUGAAUGUCCCUUCUUGACUGUUAUAUGUAUAACAGUCCGGGAGGAUCUGUAAAUGUAUUUAUGUUCCUUUAGUGCAUUGUUUGUAAAGCAAUGGUGUUUCCAGUUCUUUGUUUUUGAUUUUUUUUUUUUAAUGGAGUAUUUUGGUUGAUCCAUGAUCCAUGUUUUUCUCCAAUGUUAUAUUAUAUAUUUUUUAAAAUAAACAUUAAAUUCUAAUACUAA